UGUGUGUACACUGAGCGGAGCAGCGCUUCCUCACUUCACUUCAGACGCACAGAGAAGUGAGAAGUGAACUUCACUUGUUUGUUGUCGUCGAAAAGAUUAAACUCAUUUCCUUACUGCUGUGCUAAGAUUAAAAAACAACAACAACAAAAACCCACAGCUGAUUGAAACAAACACUUUAAAUAAAACCCCCGUUUGACGAACCGCUGAAGUUUUUAUGGCAAGCGGAAGUUGAUGCCUUCUGAAAAAAAAAGUCAGAGAUUGGGGAGGAUUGUCUUGUUUAUCUUUAGAGAAGAAGGACAAAGAUGGACACUCAUAUCAAAGAAGGACAACUUUAUGUUCAACACCAGAAGUUUGGAAAGAAAUGGAAGAAGAACUGGUUCGUGCUGUACCCGGCGAGUCAGAACGGCAUCGCGCGGCUCGAGUUCUACGACUGCGCGGGUUCCGCCUCCGAUAAACCCAGCACGAAAAAACUCGACAAAAAGAUCAUCCGCCUUUCAGAGUGCAUCAGCAUCCUUCCUGCCCUCACUGAAAGCUGUCCUAAAGAGAACAUGUCCGCCUUCUGUGUAGAGACAAACGACAAGACGCAUGUGUUCGCAGCUGAAAAGCAAAUUUGCAAUGAGUGGGUGGAGAAGAUGUGUGAAAUUGCCUUUCAGGGAGGAGGCGGCUCUUUCAGUAAUAUGGACUCGAAUGGACAACAGGAUCUUAAGAUGUCCGAGAACUUGAUCUAUUACUCCAGAGAGGAAGUCAAUGAAUUCUGGGUGAGUGUCCAAAGAACCGAAGCAUCUGAACGUUGUGGCCUACUUGGUAAUUACUUCCUUAAAGCAGAUUCAGAGAGCCUGAUAUUGAAGGAGCCUAAGUUGAAGAAGAAGUUGUUGGUGUGGCCCUACAAACUGCUGCGUCGCUAUGGCAGAGACCGGGUUAUGUUCUCAUUUGAGGCCGGACGCCGUUGUGAAUCCGGCCCAGGCAACUUCACCUUCGAGACAAAGCAGGGGAACGAGAUCUUCCAGAUUGUGGAGUCCGCCAUUCGGGAACAGAAGGCUCAGGCUGAGGAAGGCCAACAGAACUCCUUUGACGGGGAUAGUCCUGCUCUCCUACAGAUCCGGGCUGCAAUAGCUGAGGGAAUCAGCCGAGAGGCAGAUGGAGACUCUGGUGGCAGUAAACCUGGAUCUGCUGAUGGAGUCAUUAGCCGAAGGGAGGGAGAAAAUAAAAAUGUUAAGGGUCGCACCUUACCAGAGCCUCCAGCUCCUGUUCCAAGCACGAUACCUUGUGGGCCAAAAAGUGCACUUGAUGAUCAAGUGAAUCUGUACUCUGAACCUGCUGACUCAGUACGUCUCCCCGCUCCUUUGGGAGAAUGCCUUUAUUCUGACCCAGUAGACAGCAUUAAAUCGACAGCAAUGCACAACCCAUGGCAUCGUCCACUUGGUGAGGAGGGUGGAGGCAGCAAGUCGGAACCUUUUUAUACAGAUUUUUAUGACCGUGUGACUCUUGACCUGACCCCAAGAACAGCAGCGAUGGGACUCGAACCACGUAACAGACGUCCUGCUGAAGUGACCCGAGCAGAGCAUAUCUACGAUGAGCCUGAAGGAAGAGCAGGUCCUCCAGUAACCCAGCCAAUCUCCACUCUGUAUGAUGAGGCACGUCUGGAAAACCAGUCCUGGAAAUCCAGAGGAGUUGAAGAACCUCAGGGUCAUGAAUUGACUUAUAAUCAAAUUAGAGAUGACUAUGGUGGCAGUCAUUUUGGUAAGAUACCUCUACCACCAGCUAUGGCCAAGCCUAAAGGUCCCAAGCCUGUCACAGCACCCAAACCAGGGAAGGGAGCACUUCCUAGGAAAGAACUACCUAUACUUCCUAAAGGUAAAACAGGAGCUAACCUGAACAACAACAACAAUAGCAGCAGUAUCAGUUAUCAUGGAGAAGGGUUUGGAAAUGGAGGAACUGGUGGAGACAAAGUAGAGAAUCCUGCUGAGAUUUAUAGUAAAGUGUAUAAGCAUAAGCCUUCAGCCACAGCAUGGCACUCAAGCAUGCAGCCUCCAGACAUCAUUUAUGACAACUUGGGAGAUAUUUGAUUCGAAUGUGCCUACAUGGCCUUUUUUUUUAUUUUUUUAUAAAGAGUCCAAAACUGUGCUUGGGUGACUGUAGAAACAGAUUCCUGGAGUUUCUGAAUGAUAACACACUCUCUGGUGUCUGUUCUCGGGCCAACGUAAUAUCUGGGAUUACUACAGUAAAUGGAAAACCGGAAAAAAAUGUGUAGGUUAGUGUCAUAGACAAAUGACAUCCUAGACAAUGCGCUGUGACGGAUUAUCGUGACAAAGGAAGAACAAUGAAACUACAAAUUUUGCAGGAAUGAAUUGUGUUCUCUCAAACACAUUUUGUGCAUGUGGGUUACUCACGUGGUCUUCUGUCAAUUUUGCACAAAUUUUACAAGUUUCUCCUUCUUAAGGAAUCAUACUGAGUCUGUGACUAGCAUAAUGGAGGCUUCAAAGCCUUUCAUAAUAGAAAUCUAAACUGCCAGACGAGGACAUCUGCCGUUGUCCUACAAUGCAAAUUUCACCAUAGGUGGUCAAAGAUGAUCGGCUACGCAGACAAUCAAUGCCCACAUCUACAUUUGUUUUCCAUUGAGAUUCUAAAUGUAGCGAUUUACUAAUCAUCUGUAAUGUGUAUGUGUGGGAGAAAGUCAGAAAACAGCUGUGCUGUUGAUAUUAUAUGACGGUAAUAAAAAAGAUUUUUCAGAA